AUGGGCAUCCUGCCAGGGGGGACCACCCUGUACCCAGGGACUGAGUCAGGUUUGGCCCUGAGGCUGGUGAGCGGAGGGGACCAGUGUCAGGGCCGCGUGGAGGUCCUGUACCGUGGCUCCUGGGGCACCGUGUGUGACGACGACUGGGACACCAAUGACGCCCACGUGGUCUGCAGGCAGCUGGGCUGUGGCUGGGCCACGUUGGCCCCUGGAAGUGCCCGUUUUGGUCAAGGCUCAGGGCCAAUUCUCCUAGACAACCUUCGCUGCUCUGGCCAUGAGUCGCACUCGGAGGAUGCAGGCGUCAUCUGCUCAGCUGUACAAAGCACUCCUACUACCCCAGAUUGGUGGCGCCCAUCAACUAUAACUACUAAUAGACCCUCUUUGGGUUGUGGCGGCUUCUUAUUCAAUCCCAGUGGGGCAUUUUCUAGCCCAUUCUACCCUGGAUACUACCCCAACAAUGCCGAGUGUGUCUGGGAAAUAGAAGUGAACCCCGGCUACCGCAUCAAUCUGGGCUUCAGUCAUCUGCAGCUGGAGACGCAUAGAAAUUGCAGUUUUGAUUAUGUUGAAAUCUCUGAUGGAUCACUGAAUAGCAGUAACUUGCUGGGGAAAAUUUGUAAUGACACCAGGCAAAUAUUCACAUCUUCUUACAACCAAAUGACUGUUCGAUUUCGAAGUGAUGUCAGUGUCCAAAACACCGGCUUUUCUGCUUGGUAUAACUCCUUUCCUAGAGAUGCCGGCUUGAGAUUAGUCAAUUCAAACUUCUCCUAUAAUGCAUGUGCCGGGCGUGUGGAAAUUUACCACGGUGGCACGUGGGGGACCGUGUGUGACGAUUCCUGGGGCAUUCAGGUUGCCCAGGUGGUCUGCAGACAGCUGGAGUGUGGAUAUGCAGUAUCUGCCGUGGGAAAUGCCUAUUUUGGGCCCGGCUCUGGCCCCAUCACCCUGGACGAUGUAGUGUGCUCAGGAACUGAAUCUACUCUCUGGCAGUGCCGGAACCGAGGCUGGUUCUCCCAUAACUGUGCCCACAGUGAAGAUGCUGGAGUCAUUUGCUCAGGAAGCCAGCCAACAACGCAUGCUCCUGUUCACAAUGCCACUCGCCCAGACACAAAUUAUUCCUGCGGAGGCUUCCUGUCCCAGCCAUCCGGGUACUUUUCCAGCCCAUUCUAUCCAGGGAACUAUCCAAACAACGCCAGAUGUGUGUGGGACAUUGAAGUCCAAAGUAACUACCGUGUGACUGUUGUCUUCAGAGAUGUCCAGCUUGAAGGUGGCUGCAACUAUGACUAUAUUGAAGUGUUCGAUGGCCCCUCCCACAGUUCCCCUCUGAUUGCCCGCGUUUGUGAUGGAGCCAAGAGCUCCCUCAGUUCCUCAUCGAACUUCAUGUCCAUUCGCUUUGUUAGCGAUGGCAGCAUCACGAGGAGGGGUUUCCAGGCCAGCUACUACUCCAGCCCUUCUGAAGAUAACACCAAGCUGCUUUGUCUGCCAAACCACAUGCAAGCCAGUGUGAGCAAGAGCUACCUCCAAUCCUUGGGCUAUUCUGCCAAGGACCUUGUCAUUCCCAACUGGAAUGAAAGCUCCCAGUGUCAGCCCCAAAUAACGGCCAGCCAGGUGACGUUCACAAUUCCAUACACGGGCUGUGGCACCAUCAAGCAGGUAGAUAAUGAUACCAUCAUCUAUUCCAACUUCCUCAGAGUAGCUGUUCCAAGUGCCACCAUCAAGAGCAAGAAGGAUCUCCACAUUCACAUCUGCUGCAAAAUGCUCCAGAAUACCUGGGUUAACACCGUAUACAUUGCUAAUGACACCAUCGAGGUCAAUGAAGUGCAGUAUGGCAAUUUUGACGUGAACAUUUCCUUUUAUACAUCUUCUUCAUUUUUAUAUCCAGUGACCAGCAGCCCGUACUAUGUGGACCUGAACCAGAACUUGUACCUUCAGGCUGAGAUCAUCCAUUCUGACACCUCCUUGUCCUUGUUUGUGGAUACCUGUGUGGCGUCCCCAUAUUCCAAUGACUUUACAUCUCUGACUUACGAUCUAAUCCGGAGUGGGUGCGUGAAGGACAACACCUACCAGUCUUACCCUCAGCCGUCGCCUCGCAUCGCCCGCUUCAAAUUCAGUUCCUUCUACUUCCUGAGGCGCUUCCCCUCCGUGUACCUGCGGUGUAAGAUGGUGGUGUGCAGGGCUGACGACUACUUCUCCCGCUGCCGCAGAGGCUGCAUCCUGAGGUCCAAGAGGGACGUGGGCUCCUACCAGGAGAAGGUGGACGUCGUCCUGGGACCCGUUCAGCUGCAGGUCCCACGCACCGAGAAGUGGAGCCUGGCUAAGUGGCGGACCUCCCGCCCCUAGAUCCGUGACCUGCGGGGAGCCGGAUUGUUUCUGCUGGUGUUGCACUGCACCCCAGAGUGGGCACCCACCGCAUGCCAGGCCUGCUGUGCACCACGGGGCGAUACGGACUUAGCUAGAUCGCCUCUCGCCUUCUUCCAUGGGCUCCUGGUCUAUGGGGGACCACAUGUAGUGCUUGGUCAGGAGAGUUCUGAUCUGCGACACAGACACAGCUGACACCUUUGUCGUCUGGGUACUGAACUCCCCGCACCUCACACUCACUGACUGUGAAACAAAAAGGUUAAUACCUACCAGUUAGGACUGUUGAGGGGGUGCAAUAAAAUAAUGUUAG